AUGAACGUCCACGUCCAGAGAGGACGACGCGUGUUAGCCGAGCAGGCGACGCAGCCGGCAGGAGCAGUCGCGGUUACGGGCUCCGGGCCAGAUUCAUCACCGUCGUUGCUCGAUGGUGCAGGUCCUGACAAUGACAUUGCACGACGUCAGAGCGCGACAUCUAAAGGCAGCUAUUCUCGGACUACGGCCUCACCCCCCCCUCCCUCCGACCACACACCCCUCCUUUUACCAUCUACCACGACUGUUCUUCCCUCGUACAAUGCGUCGAUUACGGAGUCAUCACCACCGAGAGCGUUUGUGCACGGGGCCGGGAACGGGAGGGCGGAUGCGUCGACGCAGACGAAGAUGUCGAGGAGAAGGAGCAUCAAAAAGUCGUUGGCUAGGGCCAGACAUAAUUUACGGCCGGAGAAUUUGGUGUGGGGAGUUAAGGAGGCGGUGGGGAGUGUACCGGCUGUGUUGUUGGGCACAUUGUUGAAUAUUUUGGAUGGUGUUUCUUAUGGUAUGAUUAUAUUCCCGGCUGCAGGAGUGUUUUCGGGUUUGGGCCCCAUGGGCGUGUCGAUGUUCUUCGUCUCGGCGAUCAUCUCUCAAGUUAUCUAUUCGGCAGGCGCGAGUGGAUUUGCUGGGGCCAACGGCAGCAUGAUGAUCGAGGUCGUCCCAUUCUUCCACAUCCUCGCCACACGGAUAGCUGCCUCCAUAGGAGAAGAGCACCCAGAGGCGGUCAUCGCGACCACGCUCGUCGCCUUUGCGUUUUCGUCCGUUCUGACUGGUUUAUCGUUCCUGCUGCUGGGCAAAUUCCGCUUAGGUGUAUUGAUCGGAUUCUUCCCGAGACAUAUCUUGGUAGGAUGCAUAGGCGGUGUCGGAGUAUUCCUUGUCAUUACUGGGCUGACCGUCUGCACCCGCAUGCCGGACGACGACUUCGAACUUAACCUCGCGACACUCUCCUUCCUAUUCCUCAACCUCAAAAACCUCAUUCUCUGGGUUCCGGCGUUCUUGCUUGCCACUAUUCUCCGACUGAUCACCUCACGCUUUACAAUUUGGCAUGAAGCUUACUCGUUAUCGUUCUGGACAGAUUUCAUAAUUAUACCUGCUGUAUUCUACAUUGUUGUACUCGCUGCCGGGCUGGACCUGGACGUGCUCAGGAAGGCCGGAUGGAUAUUCGACGUGGGUGCUAGCGAAGAGAAAUGGUAUCAGUUUUACACGUAUUUCGAUCUCAAGUCGAUACGCUGGGGCCCACUAUGGGACACUCUGCCUACGCAGUUCGCGCUCUUGUUUUUCAAUAUAUUGCACCCCCCUUUGAAUGUACCUGCCCUUGCUGUGUCUUUGAACGAAGACGUGGACACGAACAAGGAGCUCGUGGCACACGGUUACUCGAACUUGAUUGCAGGAUUUGUUGGGUCUGUACCGAAUUACCUUGUUUAUGUAAACACAUUACUAUUCUAUCGCGUUGGUGGAACGACACGUCUUUCUGGGUUUAUGUUGGCGGGCGCUACCGCUGUACUUCUGUUCAUCGGGACGGGGCCCAUCGCUUACAUUCCAAUUAUGGUGGUCGGCGCGUUAAUCUUCGUUCUGGGCUUUGACCUUGUUAAGGAGGCAUUGUGGGAUACGAGACAUCGCGUGAGCCGCCUGGAAUACAUCACCAUCAUCAGCAUUAUGGUCGCUAUGACCGUGUGGGACUUCGUUAUCGGUGUAUUAUUCGGGAUUGUCGUCAGCUGCUUCUUCUUCGUGGUGCAGAACUCACAGAGAAGAAGUAUCAGAGCGAUCCAUUCGGGUGAGACCUGCAUGUCUACGGUGCGAAGGCCAAGUGCUCACAGGGCCUACAUCCGGGAGGCCUCAAAGCAAACGACGAUCUUGCGCUUGCAAGGCUUCCUCUUCUUCGGCACCAUCGCGCACGUCGAAGAAUCCAUUCGCACGCUCGUAUCCGCACCUUCCUGGUCAACCUCUCCCAUGCAAUUCCUCAUCGUCGAUAUGUCUCUCGUCGCUGGAGUCGACAUGUCCUCAGCCGAAGCAUUCGUGCGCAUUCAGAGGCUGCUCUCAUCGAAGAGGAUCGUGUUGGUGUUCUGUGGGAUGGAGGCAGGAAGUAGAGGUGGCCCCAGUGUGAAGACGGCGUUGGAGAACGUCGGGUUGUUCGAGAUGGACGGUGUGGAGCUUUUCGAGAAGGCCAACGACGCCCUGGAGUGGACGGAGAAUGCGUAUCUUCGAGCGUGGUUCCUCUCCAACAAAGCAGAGACGAAACCCGUUAUGCUUCCAGGUCGUCAAGACGGCAUCCAACUCGAACUUCACGAAGCAUCGCCCAACUCGCCACGCCGCUCCCAGCUUCGCGACGCCGGGUGGCGCACGAUGACUCGACCAUCGUCUCCUACUGGCCCGAACUUUGAUGUUCACAGCGAACCCCUAAAUACCCUCCUCCAGGCCUUUUCAUCGUACGGGCCCCUCGACCUCUCUUCACUCGAUUCACUUUCAGCAUACCUUGAGCGUAUAUCCCUCACUGAAGGCACCAUCCUCUGGCACCAAGGCGAUGCCCCCGACGGGCUCUAUCUCAUCGAAUCCGGCGUCCUUCGCGCAACCUAUCAGUUCGCGCAUGGUGGGGGAGAGGGCAGGGUGGACGAGAGCAUGGUCUCGGGGACAUUGGCGGGAGAAUUGUCCGCGCUUUCGGGGAUGGAGAGAAAUGCGACGGUUGUGGUGGAGAGGAAUUCUGUUCUUUGGAAGUUGGGAACGGAGGGGUUGAAGCGAUUGGAGGCGGAGAGACCGGAGUUGGCCAGGACUUUUACGAGACUUGUGCUGAAAGCCGCGAAAGUGGACUAUGACAUCUUGCUGUCGGCCUUGGCCACUCGCCAGUAA